AUGUCCCUCUCCCCCCCAACCCACGAAUCAUACCUUGUCGUCGGCGGCUGCGGCUUCCUCGGACGGCACAUUGUGGAACAGCUCUUGGCCCGAGGCGAGAGUCAGGUCUCUGUCUUUGAUAUCGUGCAGAGGCACUUUGACAGCAAUGUCACUUUCUUCAUUGGCGAUCUGUCCAAGCCGGAGGACGUCGAGAACGCUCUCAUCAAAUCCCAAGCCACAGUCAUCAUUGACACUGCUUCACCCACCCACGGUCUCGGUCGCGCCAUCUACGAGCUCGUCAACAUCACCGGUACCCGCACCCUCCUCGACGCUGCCCUCUCUCCUUCCUCCCUCGUCACCAAAAUCGUCUACACCUCUUCCGGAGGCGUCAUUUACUCUGGCAAGGAAGACAUUUGUAACGCAGACGAGAGGAUCAGUUACCCCGUGAAGCCGUUGGACGCCUACAACGAGACAAAGGUUGCCGCGGAAAAGAUGGUGCUCCAGGCGAACGGGCAAGAAAAGGCUGGCGGCGGUUUACUCUCCACCUGUGCUAUCCGCCCCGCCGGUAUCUUUGGUCCUGGCGAUAGGCAGAUGAUCUCCGGGUUCUACGGUGUCGUCAAGAAUGGCCAGACCAAGUGGCAGAUCGGCGACAACACCAACCUCGGCGACUUUACCUACGUCGGCAACGUCGCGCACGCCCACCUGCUCGCUGCCGACAAGCUCACCACCGUGUACCCUUACUCUGCCCUGCGUGAACCCCUUGCGCCCAUCAACCUCUCCCUCGGCUCGCACCGCGUGCCCACCUCGGCCGCCAAGCCCAUCGGGCCGAAUACCAACCCCUCCAAGGCCGACCUGCUCGCAGCCGAGCGUUUCGAGCAAGGGCUCAUCGAAGAGUCUGACCUCAGGCCGGUGUUGAGAAACAAGAUGGAUGUGUACUAUGAUGCCGCCAGCCUGGAAGAUAUCGAGCACCCCGAAGCUGGUUUGCCCAUUGCCGGUCAGGCGUACUUUAUCACCAACGGUGAACCCAUCUUUUUCUGGGACUUUGCGCGAACCAUUUGGCGCCAGCUCGGCCACGUUCCUCCGUACACCAUCGUCCUCGCCACUGCCCUUGGUCUCAUCCUCGCUACCCUUGCCGAAGCGUUCUCCAAGCUCUCUGGCAAGGAGCCAGGAUUCACGAGGUUUAGGGUGUCGCAAGCGACGCAGCAGAGGUUUUACGAUAUCGAGAAGGCUAGGAGGCUGUUGGGUUAUAGCCCGGUGGUGGGAUUGGAUGAGGGGAUGAAGACUUGGACGACCUGGUACAGGGGAGAGUUGGACAAGCAGGCGUUGGCUGGGGAGACGGACAAGACAAAGUAA